CCCUUCCCCGCCCCGGACACUGCGCCUGCGCGGCGGAUGGAACGUUCCCCCGGGCCUUGCAGUGCGUGACGUCGGCAGCCUCCGCCCUCCACCGCUUUGCUGCAUCACCAGCUCCUGCACUACUCACUGCACAGGCCCCGAGCACCCCCUGACCACUGCAUGCACUGCUCCUCACCGGAGAGCACCCCGGAGGAGACAUGGCCAAAUCCGAGCAGGUCCUAGUCCUGGAGCCUCAGCACGAGCUCAAAUUCAAAGGUCCUUUCACAGACGUUGUUACAACAAACCUGAAACUCUCUAAUCCCACAGAAAAAAAUGUUUGUUUCAAAGUGAAGACCACAGCACCUCGUAGGUACUGCGUAAGACCUAACAGCGGUGUCAUCGAGGCCGGCUCAUUCAUCAAUGUAUCUGUUAUGCUCCAGCCGUUUGACUAUGAUCCGAACGAGAAAAGCAAGCAUAAGUUCAUGGUCCAGUCCAUGUUUGCACCAUCGGACAUUACUGAUAUGGAAGCUGUUUGGAAAGAAGCGAAGCCGGACGAAUUGAUGGACUCCAAACUUCGGUGUUUAUUUGAGCUGCCUUCCGAUAAUGAGAAGCCUCAUGAAGGAGAAACUAACAAGGUCCUAUCUAGCAGUGUAACAAAGACAGAAUCCACUUCCAUGUUUAAAUCGACAAGCUCAAGUCUGGAUGAUUCUGAGUAUAAGAAGGUGUUAGAUGAUAACAAGCGACUGCAGACUGAAAUCCAGAGGCUACGGGAGGACUACAAACAGCUUAAGCAGGAGGAAGAUGGACUGAGGAUGCGAAAGUUUCCAGCGUCAAGUAACCCUGUCUCUUCAUCCACUAGCCUUGUAAAAGAGGAGGGCUUAAAUGUCCGGUUACUCGCCCUGUUGGUCUUGAUCUUCAUUGUCGGUGUAAUCAUAGGGAAAGUGGCCUUGUAGAUGAAGCAUGCUUUAAAGAAAAUACAAAAAUCAUACUGUUGAUGGGUUAGCCAUAUCAAAAAAAUUAAACUUAUUCAUAACAAGAGCGAAAAAAAAAAAUUACAACAUUUCACAGGUCCUGCCUUUAAGUUACUUCCCGCUCUAUUCUAACAUUUUGCUUUUAGGAUCAGUUCAAUUGUACAGAAAGAUUCAUUAGCAAGAACAUUGUUGAUUAAAUAACAAGAAAAGUCACAAAUAAUUCUUUAAUGUCCUAUUGUAAAAUGUCAUUUUAAAGAAGAAGAAAAAACAAAACACAUUUUUAAACCUCUGGUUAAGUGUUUCUGGUUUACCUCUUUUAAGAAAAAAAAUUGUCAAUAUCACAAAUUAGGUUUUCAGUGGCGCUUGUUUUAUGGCCCCUGUGUUGAGUAGGUUUCAAGUGGUGGGGAGUGUUUAACUUUCUUUCCAGAAUAUAUACAUAUAAAUAUAUAUAUAAAUAUAGUAAUCUUACUUGCUGCUCAUAAAGGAUUAUGUCCAUCUGUAAGUGUACAAAAUGUUCCUGAUCUCCCAUGUUGUCCACCACACUCCUGGCCUACCUGGAUUUGCACAGUCCUUUGCAGUUUCAUGACUCAGGUAGACCAACCCAAUCAGUAAUGUUUGGGUAAUUCGGUUGUCUAGGCUGCACAGUACAGAGCCAUUUUGCUAUGGUUAUAGGAAGCCGCCUCUGCUGGCAAUAUUUGCUAUACAAUGAAGGCCGCUGUGUACAGUGAUCACCUGUAGUACCGGGUACUGGCAGUUAGCAAUGAACAUGGGGUGCUGUAUCGUAGCAAUGAAUAUGGGGUGCUUGAAAAUUGUUUCUGGAAAAAGGGACCAAGCAGGAAACUUGAUUUAGUAUUUUCUAAACAGUAGGGUGAAAUCUGAGCUUUUUCGUUUAGGGGAAGGGGAAACGCCAGUGACCCAACUCUGUUUGCCCCUAAAGGCCAUUGUAAUCCACUUAAGUAUUUACCCCACAUCGCCUUCAACUGAGCUAACUAUAUCUUUACAUCCCAUUGUUUAGGUGAUCUAUAGCUGUCGAUGUGGAUAACACACGUGUGUGAGUGUACAUAACAUACACACAAUUAAAUAUGUCAUUUGGAUUUAAUUGUUUCGAUCUAUGGGGGUCUUUGUGUUUUAUAUGUUUGCUUAAAAAAAUAGACAUUUUGAACUGUCUUGGAGAUUACAACUUAAUAUCUUUUGUCUUGUUAAACAUCAGACAUCCCCCCCUUUUAUAUCUAAUUGGGGUAACAAAACAAAACCAGUGGAUUGGGUAAAAAAAUUCAUUAAGUUCCCCAGUUAGGCUUCCCUGCUGUAAAUUAAAUCUUUAAAAAUUAUGUGAAAUAUUUGUCUUUUUUUAUUUUUCCCUGAAACUAUUUUUUUUUGUAAACACUUUAGUCUACUAACUGACUUUGAAUGCUACUGGGAUUCUACAACACUGAAUGGUUCUUAUUCACUUCCCAGCAUUCUGCCAAGUUCACCUUCCUGUGUAUGAACAAUUUGUGUCAUGGUCCUUUUGCAGCCCCUUGUUGCAAUGUUCAGUGACACGGCCAGCAUUGUGCAGAGCUUUCACACCGUCUCUUCUCAACACCUGUUCUCCAGCCAUGUCUUCCAAACCAUUACUUGCACUCCACAUGUUGUACGGUUCCUGCAGGAAAACCAGGUCUCAAAUGGACAAAAUAAUAUGCAAGAAAUCUCAGAUGAUUGAAAAGAAUUGACUGUUUACAGGAACCGUGUAAGAACUUGCCAGGAAUCCUUAUGAGAAAAGACAAAUUGAUCCAUCAUGAAAGAUCUAAUUGUAACAGUCACAUAUAGUUAUGUUAAAGGUUUCUGAGCUUUCUCACCAGGUUAAAUACUUGAUAUGUUAUGUUCUCUUGUUUAAGGAAGUCGGUCAUCCAAGUAUAAAAACCUAUUGGUCACGAUUGGCUAAGGCUUUAAAGGACAUGUCCAUAUUUGGGCAUGGCCCCUACCACAGUACCCUUGAAUUAAUGGUCCCUCACCCAGCACUCUUCCCUUAUCAAUAUUAUCAUCCAUGAUGCACCUUACUACGGUACUUUGGCAUCUUAAAGCUGGAGUUCACAUUUAAAACAGAAGGUAUCUUUUGUUACUAAUUAUUUACAUUUUGGUGCCUCAUAUACUUGGAUUUUAAACAUGUAAUGACAUUAAUUCCUUUACGUCUAUGACUCAGUUAGUAAUACUGUUUAAGCACAUUACAGUUAGCCAUAUUAGUCUGUUAAAUAUCUUAACACCUGUCAUGGUAUAGAAACCUUUACAUAUGUGUAUUUGUGAAUGUAACUCUGCAGUUUCAUACUGGAUCAAUGCUUGUUUUUUAAACACACUUAAAAUACAAGUUAACUUAUAUUAAAGAUUUAUUAAUAACAUUCACAAAUACAGUAUAUAUGUAAAGUAGCGGGAACUAUUCAGAGUGGAAGAUGCUUUAGGUGAAGCUUUGAUCAUGGAGGGGAUCUGUUUUCCUACACACAGUAGAGUUUGUCUGUCAGGCCCAAAUCCAAGGAUACUGUAGUCCACCUAUGCUCAGCUUGCGAUGGCUGAUACCCGAGUACAUGAGCUUACGCUCUCCUGUAAAUACAGUGGGUAAUAUCUCAAAUUCUCUCGAGUCAUGUUAUUAGUAUCUUCUUUAUGUAAAGGAACUAGUGUUUUAAGUAAAGUUGUUCUUUAAGUGCCCAGUAUUACUUGAUCUUAGGUAUUAUAUAUUCUACAUAAACACUGUGGCCAGUGGGAGGAGUUCUUCAUCAGGCUCCCAGGCUACAUGUGUGAUACAAUAGAGACCGCCACACACCAAGCUGUGUAAAGUACAUUUCCACUUAGGCUAAAACAGUAACAACUCUUAUUGUGUAGGUUUCUCCAUGGGGAAACAAGGAUACUUGUUCAUAGCCUGCUACAAGUGUUCUGUCUGUUUAUACACUUUUGUCACAAGCCGAUUAGAAUUGUCCAUGUCCUGAGUGGAAAUAUUAAAACUAAAGAAAUGAAA